CGGACAGCCUAAGACACGGGGGCUGACCACCAAAGGGAGGGAAAGGUGGUUCAGGAAACCAGCCAGGCCAAGCACACGAGGCGACUGCAAGGCGAGUCCACGGCCCGCAGCUGCCGAAGCAGCCCUCCACCUUAUGCGCGGCCGCAGAGCAGGCGGGCGGGCGAGCGAGGACGCGCCGGGUACUGUGCGCUGGCCCCGCUGGGGCGCAGGGCUGUCAUGUCCCGCGAGCGGCCUCCGCGCACCGACAUCCCUCGCAACCUGAGCUUUAUAGCCGCGCUGACCGAGCGCGCCUACUACCGCAGCCAGCGGCCCAGCCUCGAGGAGGAGUCGGAGGAGGAGCCGGGAGAGGGCGGGACCCGGCCCGGUGCCCGCUCGCGGGCUCACGUGCGGGAUCGGGGGCGCAGGGCCCGCUCUGCGCCCGCAGGUGGCAGCGGGGCACGGGCAGCCCGCAGCCGCAGCCCUGACACUCGCAAGCGAGUGCGUUUCGCCGACGCGCUGGGGCUGGAGCUGGCCGUGGUACGCCGCUUCCGCCCGGGGGAACCGCCCCGGGUGCCCCGCCACGUGCAGGUGCAACUGCAGAGGGACGCCCUGCGCCACUUCGCGCCGUGCCCGCCGCGCACUCGCGGCCUCCAGGAGGCGCGCGCCGCCCUGGAGCCCGCCCGCGAGCCCGGCUUCGCCGCCCGGCUGCAGGCGCAGCGCAUCUGCCUGGAGCGCGCGGACGCGGGCCCUCUGGGCGUGGCCGGGAGCGCGCGCGUGCUGGACCUGGCCUACGAGAAGCGCGUGAGCGUGCGCUGGAGCGCGGACGGCUGGCGCAGCCUGCGGGAGUCGCCCGCCGCCUACGCCGGCCCGGCCCCGGCCCCACCGCGGGCUGACCGCUUCUCCUUCCGCCUGCCGGCGCCUCCAGUCGGCGGCGCUCUGCUCUUCGCCCUGCGCUACCGUGUGAUCGGCCGCGAGUUCUGGGACAACAACGGCGGCCGUGAUUACGCACUACUUGGGCCCGAGCAUCCUGGUGGUGCCGGAGCCGCGGAGACCCAGGGCUGGAUCCAUUUUAUUUGAGACUAGGCUCCUGCCGGCCACAGCAGGGAAACCACACAGGGGCACCCAGGCGUGGGGGGAGGGCUGUGGCGCCAGGAACCCGGGGACCACAAUUGGCAGGUGGGUGGAGAGUCGUCCCAGAGAGUCAAGCGGAGGUGGCUGAAAACCGUCUGCGAAGCUCAGAGAGAUUAGGGUGGGAAACGGCAGGUGGAUGUAAGUGGAAGGAACUCAAGGAAUUCGAGAAAGGAGGCCAGAAGGGAUCUGGGAAGUUGUGCCCCCCUUGGACGGAUUGAGCAUUAUGGACUGAGCAACCUUGACGUGUGAAGUCGGUCGGAUUGCUUCCCUCUUACUGGCCUUACCACCUUCAGGUCCCCAUGUCCUGCCCAUCCUAGCUUUAUCUGAGCCGAAAUUGCCUUGCUUAACCCCAGGAAUUUGACUAUUGCCCCCUGGGCCCUGGCAGUUUGACAGGAUUCACUUGAUUCUCAGCAGUUCUUGACUUCGGCCUUCAAGGAGAGAGAGUCCUUCAGCCACCGCGCAAGCCUCGUAAAGAAUAUAGUUGGUGGCAAAACUAACUCCGGGCCUGCCCUUUUUUUAUAAUAGCCAAAUAAUGGGGCAUCUGAGGGGCUGCAUAGUCAGGCUUCCAGAAAAAUGAAUGCCAGCCUUACUUUUCUGGGUGCCUUCUUAGACCUGGAAGCACUUUAUGGACUUUGUCAAGGGACAGCGAAUCAUGAAAAUCACUGCUGAUUUAUUCUUUGUGCCUCUGAAAAAGAGGAAACUACCGAGUAUCUGUACGGUUGAGCAGGUUAUUUUAUCUUUGGGGGCUCCAGGUUGCUCUGUGAGAAAUUGGAUUUGAGUUAGGUGGCCCUUUAAGGCUACCUUUGUUUGUUUUCAGACAAGGUCUCUAACCCAGGCUGACUCCAACUCGCAGCCCUCCUGCCCUUAGCCUCUGCUGUGCUGGGGUUAUUGGUGUGAGCCACUUUGCUCUCCAGGCUCCGUUUUGGUGUUUUAUAAUCUGUUCCUGGUACAGUACAGGUUAGAAACUGUAUUGGAGAAUACAGUGCUACAGUUAAAGCCCCCACAGCAAGCCAGGUAUCGUGGCACACACAGGGAGUGUUGAGUUUGAGGCCAACCAGGUAAUAUGAUGGCAGCCUGAACUACAUAAGACUGUUUCGGAAAAUUAAAAGAAGAAACAAGGCUUACCUAGCACAGUGAGCCAGUGUUUGGAUAUAAGAUGAGGAUAGUUUCUUCCUUCCCUCCUUCCUUCCUUCCUUCCUUCCCUCCCUCCCUCCCUCCCUCCUUCCUUCCUUCCUUCCUUCCUUCCUUCUUGUGUGUAGGGGCAUGGAUGAUCCAGGACACAGGAAGCAUAACCAGCCCAUAGCCUCAGCGCCUUCUGUAGCAGCCAAGCCAUAGUUCACCCUAUGCCAUUUGGUUUUUGCACUUAAACCCCACAGACUUCUAGUUCUAGCCUGGGUCCCCUGAGAAAAUGGAGCAGAGCAUUGCUGUAGGGAGAGUGAUGCAUGGGAGACCCUGAAUGAAACAACGUUGGAACUCUGGAGAUUAUGGGUAUAAGAAAUAGAAAACAAAAAUGAGAGCAGUUUGAGGAGUAAAUGGCACCAGAAGGUGACAGUUGGAUCCAUAUUCUGAGCCAAUGACAUGGAAAACCUGGAGUCUAAUGUAAUACUCACCCACCUUCACACCUCAUGCCCUUCUUAGGGAGGCUCUAGGUGAGAGUCGGGUGUUGCUGGUUUUCCUUUCCUUGUCUUUCUCCCUUCCCUCACUUGUUUCUUUUUAAUAUUUGUUUAUUUAUUUAUUUUGUAUACAGUGUCCUGUCUGCAUGUAUGCCUGCAUUAUAGAUGGUUGUGAGCCACCAUGUGGUUGCUGGGAAUUGAACGCUGUUCCUCUGGAAGAGCAGCCAGUGAUCUUAACCUCUGAGCCAUCUCUCCAGCCCCUUCGCUUGUUUCUUUGAACAUGUGGGACAUUUUUGCCAUUCUUUCCUCCCUUCGCACUUGUUGGCCCCUACGGGACAUCCCCUUUCCCUUGAGAAGGGAUGGGUAUUGUAACUCCUUUUCUCCAAGGCCAUAAUUGAGCUACGUUCCUCAGAUGUCUCCUUGACAGCUCUUUAAAGAGGAAAGAAUGUUCCCAGUGUUACAGCUGAACAAGGACCUCCCAGGUAACUGGCUUCUCACUCUACCUUUCCCCUGUCAGGUACACACACAUACAUUCAGAAUUCAGUUUGGGGCUUGUUCCUUUGCCCUCCGGUCAUUUCUCUAACAAACGCACAUUUAAGCGCUGUAUUACCUUGUACAAAAAACAGUCGGCUGCAUCCCACGCAUCACCUUCAGGGUCAGCUAAGUCAAGGGAGGCGCUGUACUGGGAACCAGCAAACAGUGCACUCGCUAGUCUUCAACGAGGAACCCAGGGAGACUGGGUUGAGGGUCAGUUGUUACGACAUCAUUCCUAAUGUGUUAUGUGUGUGUUACUAUUAUGUCAUAUUAACAAUAGUAACAGCUCCCGUUUAACUUUCGUGUGCUAAAUGUGUUUUAUAUGCAUGUUAAAAAUAUGACUGUGACUUGAACUUAUUAUCCUUGUUUUAGAAACAAGUCUAGGCUCAGUUAUUUGUUGAAGAGUGCAGGAUUGUGAACCCAGGAAGUUCCCACAGUCUGUGUGGUAUGUCUUUUUAUUUCUCUAAAAACAAAAUUAAAACUUUGCUAUGUAUCAUCUGUCUUAGGGAAUGGCCAUCGCUCUUCAUUAUGCUGGGCCCUCCUGUGCUCCCAGGG